CCCUGGCAACCGCGGCUCGGUGGCGGCGCGCGCACGGGUUGGGCGCGGACGGGCGGGAUCACUGCGGGACGGGACCGGACAAGCCGGGCGGCGGCCGAGGUAGCGGGUGGCGAAGGCUCCUCCGGCUCCUCACUCGGCUCCGGGGACAGGGUCGGCCCGGAGGGCUUGGUCCCUCGCGAUGGACUCGCAGAAAGAAGCUCUACAAAGAAUUAUUUCAACUCUGGCAAAUAAGAACGAUGAAAUUCAGAACUUUAUUGAUACACUAAAUCACACACUGAAAGGAGUUCAGGAAAAUUCUUCCAACAUACUUUCAGAGUUGGAUGAAGAAUUCGAUAGUUUGUACUCUAUAUUGGAUGACAUGAAGGAAAGCAUGAUUAACAGCAUCAAGCAGGAGCAAGUGCGGAAAUCGCAGGAGUUACAGAGUCAGCUUAGUCAAUGUAACAAUGCCCUGGAGAACUCUGAAGAACUACUAGAAUUCGCAACAAGGUCAUUAGAUAUAAAGGAACCUGAAGAAUUUUCAAAGGCUGCCAGACAGAUCAAGGAUAGAGUCACAAUGGCUUCAGCCUUUCGCCUUUGUUUGAAACCAAAAGUCAGUGACAACAUGACCCAUUUAAUGGUGGAUUUCUCUCAGGAAAGACAGAUGCUGCAGACUUUGAAGUUUUUGCCAGUCCCAAAAGCUCCAGAGAUAGAUCCAGUAGAGUGUUUGGUGGCCGACAACUCUGUAACUGUAGCCUGGAGAAUGCCUGAAGAGGAUAAUAAGAUCGACCAUUUCAUAAUGGAAUAUAGGAAAACGAACUUUGAUGGACUUCCACGUGUAAAGGAUGAACGAUGUUGGGAAAUGAUUGAUAACAUUAAGGGUACUGAAUAUACAUUAUCAGGCUUAAAGUUUGAUUCAAAGUAUAUGAAUUUCAGAGUGCGAGCAUGCAACAAGGCUGUGGCUGGAGACUACUCGGAGGCGGUGACGCUAGAGACCAAAGCAUUGAACUUCAGUCUAGAUAACUCAUCAUCCCAUCUGAACUUGAAAGUUGAAGAUUCCUGUGUGGAGUGGGAUCCUACUGGAGGAAAAGGCCAAGAAAGUAAAGUUAAAGGGAAGGAGAAUAAGGGGAGUGUCCAUGUUACUUCACUGAAGAAACACACAAGAAGUGGUACGCCAUCCCCAAAACGAACAUCUGUAGGCUCCAGGCCACCAGCAGUAAGAGGCAGCAGAGAUCGCUUCACUGGGGAGUCAUACACAGUGCUAGGAGACACUGCUAUUGAAAGUGGACAGCAUUAUUGGGAAGUAAAGGCCCAGAAGGAUUGUAAAUCCUAUAGUGUGGGUGUAGCAUAUAAAACGCUAGGGAAAUUUGACCAGUUAGGAAAGACAAACACCAGUUGGUGCAUCCACGUCAACAGCUGGCUACAGAACACGUUCGCGGCCAAGCAUAAUAAUAAGGUCAAAGCUUUGGAUGUUCCUGUUCCUGAGAAAAUAGGUGUGUUUUGUGACUUUGAUGGGGGUCAACUUUCUUUUUAUGAUGCACACUCAAAGCAGUUGCUCUAUUCCUUCAAGACAAAAUUUACUCAGCCGGUACUACCUGGGUUCAUGGUUUGGUGUGGUGGACUUUCUUUGAGCACUGGAAUGCAGGUUCCAAGUGCAGUGAGAACACUUCAGAAAACGGAAAAUGGAAUGACUGGUUCAACGAGCAGCCUGAACAAUGUCACUCAGUAAUGACAACCCAGACUGUGGCCUUUUCAUGCAGUUACUAACAGCCAUUUCUGAGUGGUGGAAAUCAGGUUUGCCAUGUUCUGCUUUAAAGCCUGGACUUUUUUAGAUUAAGCACCGAGUAGGAAGCAGCUACAGGAGGUUACUGCAGUGUCACAGAGCCAAGCAGUUGGGGUGCGGGCAGCCGACAUGGUGAUAUUUGAAUAGUAAAUAGGAAAAGGGCAUUUUGAAAUAGUUAGGUAGAAACCCAUUUUUCUGUUUCUUAAGCUACCCUGACUUAUCCUAGUAGGUGUAAUUACAUUUGAUGAGCCCAGGGCAUGGCUGCACAACUUUUAAAGCUUGCCUUUCCCCUCACGUAUUCUUCUUUCCUUCUCACUAGCUGUCAUUAAGUCCUUACACUGAAGCUUUAAAAACAAAAGUUCCCCUAAGGCCUUCUAGAAAUUGAAAUCAUUUGCUUAGGGAUGACAGAGAAAUUUUUUUACAGUGGCUUAUUUUAUUCUUUUAUAAAUGAGCUGAGCUUUUGAUAGGGUAACUUAUGUAUUGGCUAAUUCAUAUCAUUUUUUUCCUCUAAACUUUUUUUUAUGGUUAUAACUCAAAAUAUCAAGCAGAUAAGGAGAAUUUAGGUAGUGCAAGGGAGUGUUCUUCAUGUGUGUUUCUGUUGAGUCACAUCUUCUCCUCCCCCCUGUGGCUCCUAGGUACCCUCUGAAAAGCCAUGCUUUCUUAUUUUUGUUCUCUAUUUUAAUCCCACCUUUUAUAGCUAUCUUUGAUAAAAUUUCCACUUAAACUUGGCACUGAUGAUAAUUAUUGCUUAUUUUUAUCCUUAUUAGUAAGAUUGGAAGUUUAAGUUUUAUAAAGGGUAGAAAGUUAUACAUUACUAAUUUUUUUGUCUAUGAAAGAUUAUAAAGAUAUGUGCCUAAAGUAUUCUUUUCUGGAAUGAUGUAUAUGUUCUUUUUACAAAGCUAUGGAUUGUUUAACCAGCAGUUUAAAAACAGUACAUGUUUCAGACUUAAUUGGUUUAUGUGUUUUCAAACACUUAUUUGAAGGGUUUUUGUUUUGUUUUGUCCUUUUGAUUCUGUCUUUUUGGUCCAUUCAUUAACUGUUUAAAAGUUUAUGAUGCUUCCAAAAAUGAACAUAGAUAUAUUUUUCCCAAAUCUGAAAGAAUGUGUAAAACAGUGAGUAAAACUUGUGGCUAUUAACAGAAAAAUCUUUCAUUACAAAGUUUUUGAGCCAAACUAGAAGUUGAAACUAUAAAACUGCUUUCAGAACUGUAAAGAAAUGAGUAUUUGACUGUUGAUUAAUUUUUGAGACUUUUAAAUCUCUUCUUGUUUUGGUAUCUUGGGCUCCGACAAACUUCCUCAGAGAAGCGUUAGUUGUUGCUUUCUAUGUGUAGCUUGUAUGAUAGUGACAAGUAUUUGCUUGUAAAAUGUACUCUUUACUGGCAUGAUUGUUUUUGUUCUGUUGAUGAAACAAAUUUGACCUAGGAUAUGACCUUUCCAUAUAACGAAUAUCUACAGUAUUGUUUGAUAGCAUAUUACUAGUUUUUAAAACUAAAGGAGUGAUGCCCCAUGACCUAAGAGAGGGGUUACUCCUUUGGGAACUUAUUUCUGGCAGCAGUUAUCGGCAGAAUUCCCUUGUGUGGCUACUCAGUACACUUUGUCAAGAAUGACCUGGAAAAGCCGGCUGUUCUUACAGAACCAUUCAUUGAUACUAUAUUGUGCGUAGUUGUGUCUUCUCAUUUGUACAGUGCCUUUGUCCACUGCGCAUGCUCAUUGUGGCCAAAUUUAACGCAGGCAGCAUUGUACUGUCGUGGUGAGGGCUCCAUGCAGAGUAAGAGUUGUUCUUCCUUGUCCUCAUCCCAUUAUUUGAGACCUUCAUAUAAAAUUCCCAAACUCAUUGGAAAUGCAUGAGUUUUACUGGGAAGGUUUUAUUUGUCAGCAGAUUUGUAGUGCAAAGUAUGAAGUCAGUGAAUAAGAGUCCGAGUUCUUAUCAUGUGAUAUUAGGUACUAAUUAUACCUUCGGUGCUUUAAAAUAAGCGUCAGAGGGGUUUUUGUUUGUUUGUUUUGUUUUGUUUUCUCUGAAUCUUUUUAAGGGCCAUUUUAAAAAAAAAACAAGAACGAAUCUGUAGUAUUUUAGUUUAAAAAUCCUAAGUUCAUUAGGUUGAAUGGAAGUUUGUCACCCUUGAUAUUAGAUUAAAAAUUGAAUAUAGUGCCUACUUAAAUCAUCUCAAAAUUAAGUACCUAUUAACUUGAUCAUAAUACGGAACAUUCUCACUAACAUUGUGUUAGAACUACUGAGCUCCUUUGCUCAGCUUAGUCUGCUGUGGGAAGCUCACUAGCCCUCUCCAUCACUCUUCAUUGCUCUUUGUGUCCUUGCCUGGCUCGAACAUGACUGUUUUCCAUGAAGGAAACGCAGGAGAGGUAGACUGUAAUGGAUAUAUCAUCCAUGUAAAAAAUGUAUUAAGUAUUGUAUUUCCUUUUUAGCAAUUGAGUUCCAAACCAGAUUUAUUUAGCUGGAAAUAGACAGGUAGAAGCUGCCUUAAGCACUUUAGAAGAAGAAUUUUGCUACAAUUCAUUUGACUCAGCUGAUUGUGUCACAUCCUUUAAAUAUUGGUAAAUAUGUAUAUAUCAAGCAUUUAAUUACUAAUGCACAUAGAAAUAUAUUAUACAGUGAUUCUUUUGAAUGUUCCAGUUACAGCUUUUUAAAAAAGUAUUAAGAGUGUGUCUGUCUGUCUGUCUGUCUGUGGGUUUAAUUGAUAGCACCUCUCCCAUGUGACAGUAAACUGCUGGACAGCCAGGCUCGGCCUUUUCACUCUAUUCUGAAGAUGUUCUGUUCUGAAUAUUCUAAAAAUAUCAAAUCAUCAACGUUAGGUAUGAUUCAAACUUCCAUGAUUGCUCCUUGGUAUAAAAAAACAAAAGAAAAUAUUUAUGAUGAAAUAUUUAAAUUAGGUCAGUUACCUAGAAUGAUUAGUUUUUCUCUAGAUAUCUCUUUCUUGAAAUUAUAACUUUAUGCAUUUGCAGUUGUUUCUUUAAAACACAAUUUUUAAAAAUUGGAAAGGGAUAUAUAUGGGAAGUGAUUACUCCAAAGACUAUUAAUCUUAAAAGGAUACAGUAUAGACGUCUUACCAUGAAAUAUAUUACCCUAGGCUAAAAUUUUAACUGUUUUAGUCAGAGCUUUUUAGCAUCUUUGUUAGAUCAGCAUAUAAUUCAUAUAAAAAUACUUGAGUUUUUAUAAUGUGGUAUCAGUUUUAUUACUUUCUAUCCAGGUUUUCAAAACUAGUAAAGUUUAAUUCACCAUCUGCACCUCUUCCUGCUAUUUUUGAUCGGAUAUUCUAAAAAUAAUGUGUUCUUAAUAUGUCAUUAAAUUUCUAAAAACUGCAUUCAUGGGCUGACUGAGAUGCCUCAGAGGAAAAGCACUUGCUGCCAAACAGGUGACUUGAGCUUGUUUCCUGGGACCCAAAUGGAAGGGGAGAAUUAACUCCUACAAGUUGUUCUCUGACCUACACACACACACACACACACACACACACACACACACACACACAAAUGUAACUGAAAAAAAUUUAAAGAACAUUCAUUGUAGCUUGAAAAAAACUAUCAGAUUAACUACACAUGGCAAGACUUCACUUUAUAUUAUAACAAAAAGCCUGGAAAAGUUUCUUUCCUGGUUUUAUUUUUAUACUAUAUUUAUCCCUUCAGAGGUAAGCAUGAACUUUACUCAGUAUCCAAGUCACCAUCAAAUUGUUUUCAGCACCCAGGUGGAUCUUUUUUUAACUCUAGCACUCAGAUCUAGAGUAGAUAAUAAAGUUUUUCUUACAGAAAAUCACCACAGCAACAUUACCUCAGGUUUGGUAUUUUUAGUUUUAUGGGUAUCUUCACGGUGUACACGUUUGUGAUUCUCACGUCAGUAUUGUGUUACCAGAGAGGAAUGAUUAAUCUGAAUACAAUAGGAAUUUUGCACCAGUUAGAAUUUAAGUAGAUUGUUUGCUGCUUUUGCCUGCAUUGGAAUAACAUGCCACAUGAAUGUUAAUACUUUGGCUUCGUGAUCAAUACCAGAAAUCCUGACUACCCAACCAUGUUAAAAGAGUACCUUUUUCUGGGUUAAUAUAGUAUACUGACUUUGACUCAUAAUCAUUUCAAUUAUAUUUGUUUAAAAUUAUAUAUUUUCUUAGUAGUAGCCAACUUAAGUUGGUGCUUAGGAAAUAAACACAUAGAAGAUUUUGCAGUAUGUAGGCAGAGGUCAGUGGAUGUGUUUGCUUGGCUUGGAAUUUAAGAUUGAAUCAAUUUUAUUAUCAAAUUGGAAGAGAUUAGUAAAAGGCAUUUUAGCAAUAUUGGAACUUUUUGGAGAGCACAGGACAAUGAGAAGAAUUUCUUUUAAACAUUUCCAGUAUUCUAAGGUACCAAAGGACUGAAACUAAUUGAUCUUUUAACAGAGACCCUUUAAAAUCAAAUUCACAAGUGAUUCUUUUAAGAUACAAUAGCUAAAGUUAGAGACUAACUUCAGGUGAAAGCUGCUAGUCUUUAAGGAUUUUUGCAUCCUUUCACGUAUUUGAAAUUAAUCAUCAUAGCUCUCCCAGACAGUAGAGUAUGACCUCUUUGUAAAUCACUCGUCACCUUUGGGCCUCUAUUGCCUUACUUAAAAUAUUGUACCAUGCUUAGCCUACCUCACAGGGCUGUUGUGAGGAGUGUAAUAAAAUGGAGUCCUAUGUAAACGGGGUGGUUUUCAUUAUUAGUGACUGCGUUUGGAUACUUGUAAAUGCUGUUUAGUUUGAAUGUGCAUGUUCUUAAGUUGAUAGUACCAGUGAUUUUAAAUGAUCUUUUAAAUAAGACCUUCUGUUAAAAAUGUCCUUUGCUGUUAAUUUACUUUGUGCAUAAUUGUUUGUAUAUUUUCUCAUCAACUACACAGCUUUAAGAGUUUGAAAGUUCCCCCACAGCAUUCAUGUGUAGAGUGGAAGCCUAAAUCAGCAAAUUACUUUAGCUCCUUUUCCACCAGGAAUUUGCACUUUCCAUUUAGACUAGCCUGGCACCCCAUGAAGAGAGAAUUUGGCUUGAAAUAGUUAUUUUUUUUUUUUGCAACAAUCAAGUAUUUCAACAAUUUGUUGCAUUUGACACAUAUUCAACAACUUUAUUGAAUUGUCCUUUUUGUUAAAAUUUUUUUUUAAAAAAAACCUUGUUCAUUAACCCAUAUCAGUUAUUAUCUGUCUGGACAUGCUUGUGUUGCUCUAAAUUGGAUGUAUUAAAUGGUUUACAAGUUAUCCUACUCUACAGGAUUUUUGUAUGUCUGUUAUCUGGACGUGAUUUCACUAUGCAGUUGUGAUAAUAGAAAUUACAGCUCCUCAGGUUGAACCUUUAAGUGUGGAUGAAGAUCACUGAUAAACUACAUGAUAUAGUCAUUGCUGCAAGAGUUUGAAAUGAGCACACUGCCUCAUUUUCCUUAGAAACAAGACAGCCUUUCAAAUAAUUUUUUUAAACUUUAAAAUAGGUGUUCAAAGCAUAGUAACUUGUAUGUUGAAAAGAUUGUAUGUUCUGUAUAAAAUGUUCCACUUGAAGUUUUUACAAAAACACCUGUAUUAUCCCUUCUAAAAAUUAAAACUUUUUUUCCUUUGC